GUGGUUAUGAAUUGGAAAAUCAUUUAAUUCGUAAUGAAUUUCUACAAUCACCCGAAUUUCCAUUGGAAUCUAGUUCGGAAUAUUAUUGUUUUGAUUUUGAUUAUUAUUUUAUGAAUGAUGGUCGUCAUGAUGAUCAAAAUUAUUUGGCAUUAUAUUUGUUUGAAUCAAAUUCAACUGAUAAUGGUAAAAAAAUAUGGGUAACACCAAUAUUAAACACUGAUUUUUGGCAUCAUACCUAUGUGGAUUUACCAAAACCAUCCAAAUCAUUUAGAUUAAAAUUUAUUGCCGAUAGUGAUGGUGGUUUAAUGGCUGUUAAAAAUUUUCAUCUCAAAUAUGAUCAUUGUCAGAAUAAUGUUGAUAUUUGUGAUUUUGAAACCAGUAUCUGUGGAUGGAAAUCAUCAUGGGAAGGUGGUAUUACAAUUAGAAGAAAACUUGCUUUCUACACUGGUACGCCAAAAGGUAUCGAUCAUACAACAUUAACAUCAGAUGGUCAUGUUUUAUAUGGCAAAUAUUCUUCAGCAUACGAUGUAUCAAACGCAAGUUUAACAAGUCCGGUUAUUGAUAAAUUUUCUGGAGAAAAAUGUUUUCAAUUUUGGAUUUGGAUCAACGAAGGUCCUAUUGAAUAUUUAAAAUUAUCAUUACAUCAAUUAUCAAAUGAUAUUAAAACCACAAACAUAUGGAAAUUACAUGCUACACAACAAAUGGUUGAAAAAUGGAUUCGUUUUCAAGUAACUUUAAAUUCCGCAGAAUCAUCGACUACAAGACUACAAUUUCAUUUAAAUUAUACUGGUCGUGGAUCAAUAAGAUUUGAUGAUUUUGGUUUAUUUUCCCAUAAAUGUCCGGAAAAAAUUUCUUGUAAUUUUCUAUUGAAUACAUGUGGUUGGAAAAAUCAAUUAAAUGAUGAUAAUCAAUUAACAUGGAAUAUUGGAAUCGGACGUGUACAUGAUGUAACACAAUUAACAUUUUUAAAUUCAACAAAAAAAUUUGUCUAUCAUACAAAACCAUUAUUGUAUACAGAUUUUACUAAAUUACCUGAUGGUAAAAUUGGUCAAAUGAAAAUAAUUAGUGAAAUUGUUGAUGAUGGUAUACCAAAAUCUGGUGCAUGUAUACGAUUGAAUUAUGAAGUAUGGUCAUUUGAUUCGAAAACCGAUAAGUUUUUUAUCAAUUAUCAAACAUUUGUUGAAAAAAAUGAAACAAUGGAAAAAGAAAUAUGGCGAUUCAAUUCAAAUGAUCGUGGUAGUAAUCAUGCUAACAUUUAUAUACCAUAUAAUAAUGGUAAAAUAUUUCGACUAAUUAUUGUGGCAAAAUCGGCUCAUUCAUCAACAUAUAUCACUAUUGAUGAUAUUAAUUAUGAAACUACAUUUUCACAUUGUAAUAAAAUAAUUACAUCAUCAUCAUCAUGGUCACAUACACCAUUAUCAACAACAACCGAAUCAACAUGGCCAACAUCAUGGUCACAUACACCAUCAUCAACAACAAUCCGAUCAUCAAAACAAUCAUUAAAUUGUGAUUUUGAGCAAGGAAAUUUUUGUUCAUGGCAAUCAUUAUCUGAACAUUUUCGUAUAUAUAAAGCUGAAGAUACUAAAUAUGAUAUUUUUGACGAUCAUACUACUAAAAGUUCACAAGGACAUUUUGCCGCAAGUUCUACAAUUGAUGAUUGGACACCAUUUAUGAAAGCAAAAAAUCCAUUCGAUAAAGGAACAAAAUUUUGUUUUGAAUUUUAUUUCUAUGCAGCAUAUAAAUCAAAAUUGAAUUUAAUUCUUGGUAAUCAACAUAAAAAUCAUACAUUAUUUUUAGGCUAUGAAUCGGAUUCAUUAGAAUGGCGUCGUACUAUGAUCGAAUUUGAAGUUGAUGAUCAUUAUGAUUCAUUUAUAUUUAUUGGUAGAGUUCAAAGUAUUGUGGCCAUUGAUGAUAUAAGUGCUGUUGAAUCUAGUUGUGAUUCUAUAACACAUAAUCAUGAUUUUUGUGAUUUUGAAAUGAAUAGUAAAUGUAUGUUUGAAAAUGUUUAUAAUCAAUAUAGUGAAUAUUGGAGUAUAAUGACUGCAUCAUCAAUUGACCUACAAAUGGUUGAUCAUACAACACAUACAUCGGAUGGACAUGUUUAUGGUUUUAUUUUUGAUAGUUCAACAUCAGUCAAAUCGACAAUUGUUCAAACAAAAUCUUUAUCAUAUCAAUCACCAUAUUGUAUACGUUUUUCCUAUUAUCUAACUGAUGAUGUUACACUUUAUUAUAAAACAUCAACCGAUUUGGAAAAAUCUAUUUGGCAUGUAUCCGGUACAACCAAUGGUCUUUGGUUUACACAUCAACAUAAUAUUGAUGCACAAUUAAUACAAGCAAAAUAUCAUCUACAAUUUGGUAUUAAAAAUGAUGGUAACAAACAAAAAGGAAUGGCAUUUAUUGAUGAUGUUACCAUUUAUCCGAAAAGAUGUGAUCCAUCUAUUCGUUGUGAUUUUGAAAAUGGUAAUACUUGUACUUUGGAACCAAUAUUACCUAUAAGCACAAAAAUUUCUGCAGAUAAAGCAUUAGAAUUAACCAAAAGAGCUAAUUAUACAUUACUUGAUAUCGAUUAUUUAUCCGGUUAUACAGAUGAAUUAUUUCAUGUUUAUUCACCAUUACAACAACAUGGAUUUGUUCCAUUUGAUCAUACUAAAGGUUCUAGAUAUGGAAAAUAUCUAAUCAUACAAUUAUUACGUGGUUGGCGUGGUAUUAUUAUUACUGAACGUUAUUCAUUAUCUAAACAACAACGAUCAUUAUGUUUAACAAUGGCCGUUUAUUCAAGCCAAUCUGUUAUUCUUGAAGUUUAUCAAGGUGAUUCAUCCAUUCUGGAUGAAGGAAUGAAAAUAUGGGAACUUACCUAUAAUACUAAUUCAUGGAAAGAAUUUGAAAUUCUUGCUAAUGCUCGUAAUGAUAAAACUGAAGAUAUUUUCUUUUUUAUUGUUGCAACCGGAUUAAUUGGCAGAGCUUAUAUUGGUAUUGAUGAUUUUGAAAUAAAAGAUCAUUGUACGAAUCCAUCAAAUAUUGUAACAACAACUACAAAUCCAUCAUCAUCAUCAACAACACAAAUACCAAAUGGUUAUUUUGAUUGUCAAAUCAAUGGACAUCGAUCAUUAAUACCUUCUUCAAAAGUAUGUGAUUAUCAUAAAGAUUGUACAAACAAUAUGGAUGAAAAAUAUUGUGGAUCAUGUUCAUUUGAAAUGCAUGAUCAAUGUCGAUAUUCGAUUAUACCGAAAAAAGAUGAUAAUUAUUCAUUUAGAUUUCGUUUUACUGAUCAAACACCUGAUCAUCAACCAAAUGAUUAUUAUUUUCGAUCAUCAAUAACAGCAAGUGGUACUGGACAAAAUAAUUAUCAACUAUCAUUACUUAUAACACCGCUUAUUCAUCAAUCAUAUCUUGGUUGUGAAUUAAAAUUCUAUUAUCGAUUCAAUACAAAUGUUACCAAUUUUCAAAUGGCUAAACAUCAACCAUUUAAUAUUUAUCUCUAUCUAGAUAAUAUAGGUAUACGAACAAAAAUAUGGCAAAUUUCAGCAAUAAAUCCAUUACCUGAAAAUGAAUGGAAUGAAAUCUAUAUAAAAUUAAAUCGAAUCGUACAUCCAUUUUAUCUGGAAUUUGAAGCACAUCCAUUUACAGCAAUGCGACAACAUGGUUAUCAUUCAUUACAUGAUAUUAAAUUUGAUUAUUGUGAACCACCAGAACCGGCCAAAAAUAUUGCCGAAGAAUGUGAAAAUCGAUUUCAUUGUCGAAAUGGUGUCUGUAUUAAUGAAGAAUUUGUUUGUGAUUUUGAAGAUGAUUGUGGUGAUAAUUCCGAUGAAUAUAAUUGUGAUGAAAAAUUACGUUUUAGUUUUGAAAAUGGUUAUCAAAGUUGGGCUGAAACAUAUCUACCACAUGUAAAUAAUUGGACAUUACAACGAGCAAAUAGUAUUGGAAAUUUACGUGAAAGUCCAACAUUUGAUCAUACAACUGGUUUUGUUGGUGGUUCAUAUCUUUUUACACGUUCAGCAAAAGAUGUACCAAUUUCACAUGCAAUAAUCGAUAGUCCAGCAUUCACAAUAACAAAUGGUUAUGAUCAAUGUGAUAUACGAAUGUUUACAAUGAAAAAUUCACGUAAUUCUACUAUUUCAUUUAAAUUAUGGAAUCUAGAUACAGGUGGAAUAAAAACAUUAAGUAUUUUUGAUAGUUAUCGUGGUUUGGCAUUCUAUCCAAAUUGGAUUACUGUACAUUCAGAAUCGAAUGAUUAUACAUAUAAAUUAUUAAUCGAAGUAUUACUUAAUCGUACGGAUGAUAAUUUUCUUGAUCCAUAUGUUGCUGUUGAUGAUAUUAUAUUCUAUAAAGGUUGUACAUUAAUCGAUCAUCCAAUACAUAAUUUAACAACAGAAAAACCAUGUAUUGGAUUAGUUUGUAAUGAUAAACAUGAAAAAAAAAUCUGUUUACCUGUACAAAAUAUCUGUGAUUUUAUUGAACAAUGUAAAAAUGGUGAAGAUGAACAACAAUGUGGUGAUUGUAAUUUUAAUAAUCAAACAAUGUGUGGUUGGAAAACGGGUAAUAUGAAUGGUGAUAAUAUUCCAUAUCAAUUAUAUGUUGCAAAUGAAACGCCGGAAAAUUUACCAAAAAAAGAUGCAAAUAAUAGUUCGAAUGGUGGAUAUGUUGGUGCAUAUAAACGUACAAUUGUAAAUGCAAGAUUACAAUCAAGUAUUAUGGGUCCACAAAUUAAUGCACCAACAACGGAAAUUUGUUCAAUUGAAUUUUCCUAUCAAUCCAAUAUGUUUACAACAAUAUCUAUUUUGGUUAAUAAUCGAUUAUUACGUAGUAUUACUAAAAGAAAAACUGAUUGGAUAACAAUACGUACAGAUAUUGGACGACAACAAUCACCAUUUAAUAUUUUUAUCCAUACAAAAACAUUUCAGUUACCACAUUUUAUUCAUAUUUUAUAUGUGGUUAAUGAUUAUUAUAUGAUUAUUGAUAAUAUACGAAUGAUUGAUUGUAAUCCAAACAAUGAUCAUAAUCAUAAUAAUGAUACAAAACCAAUACAAAUUGAAAAAUUGAAUUGUGAUUUUGAACAAGAUUGGUGUGGUUGGAUUGUACCUGAAUCUGAUUCCGUUUAUGAUACAUGGAUACGAACAAAUUCACCAUUAAAAGAACCGGGUGAAGAUCAUACAGAAUUAAUUAUACCACGGCCACAUAAUUAUGGUAAUUGGUUAAGUACAUUUUCAACAAGUGAAAAAUUUUCAACAAAUCAAUUACGUAGUUCAGGACCAAUUAAACCGAAUGGUAAAGAAAAAUUUUGUCUAACAUUUUGGCAUUAUUAUUUUGGAAUACAGCUAGCAUCAUUUCGUGUGUUUAUCUAUAAUUACAAUCAUCGUUCAAAUUUAACCAUAUGGAUGCGUGUAAUACCAAAUAUUCGUUAUUGGCAACAAGCACAAGUUGAAUUUGAAUCGGAUUCAGAAUUUUAUCUAUUUUUUGAAGCUCUAGUAUCCAUGACAACAAUUGUUGGUAUUGAUGAUGUACAAUUGAUAAAUAAAGAAUGUCCAAUUCAAAAUGUAGAAUAUUGUGAUUUUGAAGUAAAUAAUUGUGAUUGGGAAAUUAAACCUGAAAAUCAAAUUAAACGUAAUGGGGGUCAACUAAUUCCUGAUCAUACUACUGGAACAUUAUAUGGACGAUAUUUAACGGAUAAAGCACAAACAGUUGGAUCAACUGUUUCGCUUUAUAAAGAUUUAAAAAAUCUACCAUAUUUUAUUAUUAAUGAUCAAGAUGAACGUGAAUUAUGUUUUAAUCUUUAUUAUUAUUUUUCAACAAAAACACCACCAUUAGAUCCUAAAUCAUCAAUAUCGAUUUCUGUUUUUCGUGGAAAUUAUAUUGAAAAAUUAACAAAUAUAACAAUCAAUGAUGCAUAUAAUGAAAAAUCAACAAACGUUUGGUCAUUGUUGAGCGUAAAUUUUGUCGCUAUUAAACAAAAUGUAUUGAUUGUUCAUAUUGAACGUAAUGAUCAACAAACAGAAAUUUUAUUAGAUGAUUUUAAUAUUCAAUCAACACCAUGUAAAGAACAAGGUUCUUGUGAUUUUGAAUAUGAUAUGUGUGGUUGGCAUAAUGUUUUAAUAGAAUCAUUAUCACAUCCAUUAACAAUAUUUUGGGUACGUUUACAACCGACAAAUCGUUUUGCAAAAAAAGAUGGAAUGUCAUAUGAUCAUACAUUACGUUCAAAAAAAGGAAAUUAUAUGGUAUUACCUGUUGAAAUGCAUGCAAGAUUAACUGGAACAGUUACAUUGAUUAGUCCAUAUAUGAAACGUAAAUCAUCUAAAUCAAUUUGUUUUCAAAUGUAUUAUUUUGCUAAAAGUUCUGAUGCUUCAAUUGGUAUUAUUGCAAUGAAAAUUCAGAUGAUAAAUCUUGAAAAUGGACAAACAGUAAAAGAAUUUAUAACAAAUGCAACAAUCAGUUUACAAUGGACAUUAUUUAAACAAACAUUUGAUAAUGUACCAAAUAUUUAUUCAUUUCGUAUUAUUGUUUCAAAUGUUCAACGUAUUCAAAGUGAUAUCGGUAUUGAUGAUAUUUAUAUUGAACAAAAAUCAUGUCCAAAUCCAACAUCUGAAACAACUAUACGACCAACAACAUCGAUACCAGAUAGUGAAAAAAUUGCCGAUUGUAAUUUUGAACAAACAAAUUGUAAAUGGAAAUAUUCAAAUGAUUCAUGGAAAAUAAUAUCAUUUGUUAAUGAAAUUCGUCAUAAUAUGUAUGCACCACCAAUAGAUCAUACCUAUUUAUCAAAAUAUGGAAAUUAUCUUUUAUUUACUAAUCAAUCAACAACUAAUAAUGAUGAAUAUAAAUUAAUUUCACCUGAUUUUUCAAAUGAUAAAGAUCGUUGCCUAUUACUUUGGUAUUAUAAUGAUGGUGAAGAUCCAUUUUAUUUGAGUUUUUAUUAUCAUUUAAAUGUUAAUGAUCAAACCAAGCUAAUUGGCCGUUAUGGUUCAACAAUGGAAACACGUCGUUGGCAAUUGAUUAAAAUCGAUAUACCAUAUGUUGAUAAUGGAUCAAAAAAACAAUCACGAAUAAAUAUUCAGAUAAAUUAUCGACCAUCAUCGCCAAAAUUUUUCUCCAUAUUUGCUAUCGAUGAUAUCAAAGUACGACCUGGACAUUGUGGUCAUCAAUAUAAUUAUGUUUAUACAUUUACAAAAGGAAUUGAAAAUUUAGAAAUUCAACAAUUACAACCAAUAAAUUCACAUAAAUUGGCUGUUCGUAUCUAUCCAAACAACGAAGAUCAUUUCGAAAAUGUACCCGGUUUUGAUCAUACAACAUAUACAUCAAAUGGUUAUUAUUUUCUAUUCAAAAAUUCACCACAAAUCAAUAAUAUUGCUAAUCAAUAUUUUAUUGAUACAUUACAAAUGCGUAAUAUACCUAGACAAUAUUUUGAUUUUAAAAUUUGUGUUCGUUUUGCUUAUCAAUCUCGUGGUAAUGCUGAAUUUUAUAUCUAUCAUCUACCGAAUGAAAUGGAAUUAGUUGGUGAUUGGAGAUUUUCCAGACCUAUUUGGCAUCAACAAAAUCCUCGAUCAUUUUGGACUAUUGAAGAAUUUAAUAUCGGUGCAAAUUAUAUUUCGAAAUUAAUAUUUUAUAUGUCCAAAAAAAGUCAAGAUGAUAGUUUUGUUGCUUUGGAUGAUAUUACCGUAUUAUUGAAUCCAUGUACAGCUCCGAUUGAUUGUAGUUUUGAUAUGGGUCAUUAUUGUACAUAUACAUCAUAUCAAGAUUCAGAUGUUAAUUAUCAUUUUGAAGUAUUUCAAGCACCAGCAAUUGAUCUUGAAUGGCCUGGACCAACAUAUGAUCAUACAGUAAAAAGUAAUGAUGGUGGUUAUCUAUUCUUAACUGCUUAUCGUGCUGUUUCACAUAUUGAACCAUUACAUGCAAAAAUUGUUUCCGGUGUUCGAAAAAUUUCUAAAAACAAUAAUGUCGGGUGUUUAGAAAUGUGGACCGUAAUCAAUAGUAAUGAUGCUAGUCUUAAAGUAACGAUCAUACGUUAUGGUAAAAAAUGGAAUGAUUCAAAUAGAAAAAUUUUAGCAUUCGAAAUGAAAAAUGUUGAACAACGUGAAUGGACAAGAAUAUUAUAUACACUAAAUAAAACAAUUCUUGAUGGAACCGAUGAAGUACAGAUAUUAAUCGAAGGAUCAUUAGGUUCGAAUCGAAUGUCAGCAAUUGCUAUUGAUGAUAUUGUAUUAAGUGAAGAUUCAUGUGAUAACAAAGGAUUACUUUGUGAAAAUGGUAUUGCAAUCGAUCAAGAUCGUAUAUGUAAUUUUAUUAAUGAUUGUCCAAGCGGUUUGGAUGAAAUGGGUUGUGGUAAUUGUAAUUUUGAAUCAGAUAUGUGUGGAUGGUUAGAUACAGAUAAAAUUCAAGGAAUAAAUCUACCAUGGCAACGUGUUGGUGUAAAUGAAUUACAAUUAAUCAAUUCAAAUGCACCAAAAAUGGAUGGUUCAUCCAAAACGAAUGGUCAUUAUGUUAUAAUGAGACCACAUGGACCAUUAAAAACAGAUGAAGGUCGUUCUGAAAUGGCAAUCAAUUAUAAACUUCGACCAUUUUAUUUGAAAAAUUCAUUCAAAACAUGUGAAAUUCAUUUUGAUUAUUAUCUACAUACAAUAUCGGAUUAUUUUCUGAAAGUUAGUUUUGGUCAUGAACCAUCACAAUUAUCGACAUUCUAUACGUUAACACAUGAAGGUCAAGGUGGUUGGCGUCAAGCAAGAGCAUUGGUUGGACAAGUUUUAUCAUCAUUUUUCAUUGAAUUUGAUGCUUUUCAACAACAAAUCAAUCCAUCAACAACAAUAUUCGCAUUGGAUAAUAUAAAAUUUGUAAAUUGUUCACGGCCAAAACCAUUACCAGCUAAUCAUGUAUGUCCAAAACAAGGAAUUCUUUGUAAUAGUACACGUUUAUGUAUAACAAUCGAUGAAAUCUGUGAUAAUGUUAAUGAUUGUGAUGAUAUGGAUGAUGAAAGAAAUUGUUAUCGUUAUCGUUUAUGUUCAUUUAAUUCAUUAUAUGAUUGUGGUCUAACUAUACCGUUAGAUAAUCAAACACGUGUUUUAUGGCAACAAUCGAAUGGAAAUCAACAUCGAACUGAUCGACAAAUUGGCUAUGAACCAUUGAUUGAUAAUACACAACGAAAUGGAAAUGGAAAUUAUUUCCUAUUAGUACCGAAACCCGAAUGGAAUCAACCAUUAAUUCAUGCCGAUUUUUAUACACCAAUAUUUCGAACACAAACAACAAAUACAAAUAAUUUGAAUGAUAAUUCUUGUCAUUUUCGUUUCUUUUGGUAUAUGCAUUCGGAUUUUGAUAAAAUUUCAAUGGAACGUUUAGAAGUAUAUGUACAAGAAUUAACGGAUGAUAUGAAAAAUGUAACCGGUUCAUUAAUAUCGAAAUUAUUUUUACGUGGCCAAUAUGAUCAACAACAACGUUGGAAUAAACAAGUUAUUUUACAUAAAUCUCAUCGGCCAUUUCAAUUUAUUAUACGUGGUAUAUUGAAUUAUGAAAAAACACGUAUAGCAAUUGAUGAUUUAAGUUAUGGUUUAUAUUGUAUUCAUCAAACAAUACCAACAAAUCCACCACCAACAAUUGGUCCAAUUACAACUGGAAAUCCACCAUAUAUUCAUAAUAAUCAUCAUCAUCAUGGAGCAUGGGCAGCUAUUAUGGUACCAAUAUUAUUAAUAAUUGGUAUUGCAUUCGGUUUUUAUGGUUAUCGACGUUCAAAUGGACAAAAUCGUCUAAAUCGAUCGUUUGUUACAAUGUUUAUGAGUAAAAGUGAUACGGUUGUAUUGGCGGCUGAUCAAUGAUUUAAU